UCCACAUCCACCCUUCCCGUCCUCCCCCCCUUCGGUCCCCCAGAAGCUGUCCAUCAGCGCCACGAGGGAAUUCCACGAAAGAGCGGUGUCGUUUCUGCUCGUCAAUAAUACUAGCGGAACUCGUCACGAAUCCUCCAGUUGAAUCUUCCUCCCUUUUCCUGACUUCCGACGACAAUGACCCUCGAAUUCAAUGCCGCCGGGGGGGAUGCCUUGUUGGACUUGACCACAUUCGAUCAGCGGGAGCGUUACCCGUACACCACCACAGCACCGAGCACCAAUCCCGCUCUCUCGGCCACCGCAAUGGCUCCUACUCGCCCCUCGGGUGGCUGGCCGGUUUCCCUUGAUAUGGCCGGUCCCCAGAAUGCGAACUCGAGCAACGUAGCGUCGCCCGUCGAGUCUCAAGCGCAGUCGCAGUCGCCUUCGCAACAGAGCGCGAGCCCCUUACAACACUCGCCCUUCCAGGGACCUCCGCAGGCCCAUUCUCCGCCGCUUCUGACUGACUGGACGCUGCUUCAGCACCAGCAGCAGCAUCCUCCCAUCCAGGAUCUCGCCCAGUUGAUUCCAGAGAACCAUUCCCUGAUACCCUUCAACGCCUUUACAACAGGUUUCCAGGCGAACCACCUCGCGUAUCUGCAGUCCGCUACGCAUACCGCACUCGAAUCCGGUCUGCAGAUGGAGCAAGGCUUUGGUGACGUUUCGCCCAUCGAGGAUACUCGGGCCAUGCAGCAAUGGGACGGCAUGGGAAUGGGAAAUUGGCAGGAUUUCGGCGCCUCGUUGCAAUUCCCGGCCGACGGGCUCCCGCGUUUCGGAAGCUUGGGUAGCCAGUCCCCGACGGGAACGUAUCUCGAGGUGUUGUCCUUGCCAGGCUCCAGCGAUAACGGUUGGACUCAAGUCGACAUGUACCAGAACUACGACACUUACCAGCAAGCCCAGGCCCAGGCUCAGGCUCAGAACACUGCCAUCUUUAACCCCGGCCAGACAUUGCACCUGAGGACAAAUUCCGACUCGUCCCACUCCGACGGGAGUGGCCAAAACGCCGAUUUCAGCAGCGGCAGCUUCGAGGAUAUCUCCUCUUUCCAUUACUCGCCCUUCUCGCCGGAGUCUGACACUUACUCGGACCCCGCCAGCCACCGGAACUGCUUCCACGGCGAAACGCAUCAUUCGCAUGAGAUAAUCAGCCCUGCCGCUGCUGUCGAGCCUGUUCCCAUCAAGUCCACGACAUCAAGUCGCCCCAGCCCGGCGAGCGGAUCUGGCGUGGCCUCCCCGCCCAACAAUUCCCGCAGGAAUCCGGCCCCGAAGAAGAACCCAAUCGCGAAGAACACCAAAUCGGUCAUCAGGAAGACAUCUAAUGCAAAGAAGGACGGUGGUGCCGAAAAGAAGGUGGGCCGACGAAAGGGUCCGCUCCUACCCGAACAGCGGAAGCAGGCUAGUGAGAUUCGCAAAUUGCGAGCUUGCCUUCGGUGCAAGUUCCUCAAGAAGACAUGCGACAAGGGCGAGCCGUGUGGUGGUUGCCAGCCUUCGCACGCUAGGCUUUGGCAGGUCCCCUGCACUCGCAUCGAUAUCAAGGACAUUGGCUACUUCAUGAAGGAUUGGAAGGCCGAUUACGAGCGACACCUCAGCCGCGGCGUCUCCGUCUUCAACGUCAAGGGAUUUGCCCAGAAGGAAAGCUUGAUGUGGAUCACCCACGGGUACGGCUUCUGUCUCCCCGUCAUGGUUCGCGAGGUCUACGUCGCGGAUGACAGCUGUUUUCAGGUGGACUGGGUCGAGUCGUAUCAAAUCGACCAGGAGCCGAUCGAGUUCGAGCUCAAGACUGAGAAGCUCGACGUCGGCGAAAACGGCAUCAACCACGACGCGCUCGCCGAAUACUUGGACAAGCAUAUUGAGAAUGGGUUUGAGAAUUUUAUCGACGAUCACUUCGAGGGUACUCCCUUCAUCACCGAGAUUCUCAAGACAGCUUAUCGCUUCUACACCAAGGAGAAGCUACCGGUGCUUCGAAAGGCGCUGAAGCUCGUGUUAGCUUACAACUUGACGAUGCAUAUCACGCUUGUCGAGCAGCAGGGCUCAGAACAAACUAUGGAGGGCCAGAUCGACGACGAGGACUCGAAGUACUAUGGAAAAUACGUUGCUCCUGUGAUGAUCAACUUCCAGAUCAAGUGCGCUAUGGCAGACAUGUGGCGUGAACUGCAGAAGGACAUCCUGGAGGAGCUUUCGGCGCUGUACUCGAGCGUGUACAGCGGUGAUCGCCUGAAGAACUGGCCGACCAUCUUCAUGCUGGCUUCUAUUCUGCUGGCCGUCUGGGAGGAGAUGCAAUUCGAUUGCCACUACCGCGUCCCCGAUCCGAUUGCUGUGGAGAAGUUCUGCUCCGAUAUGGAGAGCACCCCUGUCGGCGUCAUUACCGGUCUCUUCCACGCCAUCUCGCAGAAACUCCCUGCCUUGAUUGAUUGGGAUAGCGAAAGGCACGGCCAUCUCCUCAACAAUAAUGUCGCUGUCUGCGAAGCCAUGACAGAAGUUCGGCAGCACGUCCUCAAGCAUGAAUCGUACCUGAGGACACGGAAUACGUCGAAGUUUGAUAGAUAUGACUUUGAUUCGUUAUCGAACAAGUUCUUGUCGAAACUGGUCAUCAAGUCUAACUAGGAUACCUCCCGGCCCUCGUUC